AUGUACAUCAAACAGAUCAUCAUCCAGGGCUUCAAGAGCUACAAGGACCAGACUAUCAUCGAGCCGUUCUCUCCGGGCACGAAUGUCGUCGUCGGACGAAAUGGCUCCGGCAAGAGCAACUUCUUCGCUGCCAUCCGAUUCGUCCUGAGCGAUGCCUACUCCAACCUCAGCCGAGAGGAGCGCGCGGCCCUACUACACGAGGGCUCCGGAUCCGCUGUCGCCACCGCCUACGUCGAGAUCAUAUUCGACAACGAGGAUCGCCGAUUCCAGACCAUUGACAAGGACGAUGUCGCGAUACGCCGGACGAUUGGUCACAAGAAGGAUGAAUACUCUGUGGACAAGAAAGUCUGGGCCAAGAAGGAAGUCCUGCAGCUGCUCGACACCGCCGGAUUUUCCAGGUCGAACCCCUUCUACGUUGUGCCUCAGGGGCGUGUGACGGCUUUGACGAACAUGAAGGAAAAGGAGCGUCUGAACCUACUCAAGGAAGUCGCCGGUACCCAUUUGUACGAAGACAAGCGCGCCGAAUCCCUGAAGAUCAUGAAUGAAACAAACAACAAGAGAGAAAAGAUCGACGAGCUCCUUGCAUAUAUCAAGGAGCGUUUGAGUGAGCUGGAGGAGGAGAAGGAAGAGCUUCGAGGUUUCCAGAACAGUGAUAGAGAGCGGCGGUGCCUCGAGUAUGCGUACUAUUACCAACAGCAGACUCACUUCGAGGAAGCUCUCGAGGAGUUGGGAUCAGCCAUAAAGGAUGGCGGCGAGAAUGACACAGAGCAGCGUGUGGCUUUCUCAAAAGGCGAAAAGGCUAUCACAGGGAUGGAGUCUAAUCUCAGCUCCCUGCAGCAGCAGCAGAAUCUACUCAAAAUCGACAGGCGUCAACUCGAAGAGGAUCGCCGUGAAGUAGCCAAAUUGCGCGCCAAGGCCGAGCUCAAGGUGAAAAACCUGGCUGACAGUCAGUCAUCCCGAGACAUGGCGAAGCAUCAACACGACGCCGAAUUGGACGCCGUCAGGAAAGAAAUCAAAGCUAAGGAGACAGAGCUUAAGAAGCUCAUUCCUGAGUUUGAGAAACGCAAGAAGGCUGAGGCUGAAGUGAAGCAAACACUGGAUCACGCCGAAAAUCGGAGAAUGCGCCUGUUGAACAAGCAGACCCGGAGCUCACAGUUCAAAAACCGUGCUGAGAGAGACGACUACUUGCGGAAGGAGAUCAACGACCUCAAUCUGACCAUUUCGAAGCAAAAGGCCAACCUCAUCGAUGCUGAGGAAGAAGUCAAGAACGUGACUGAAUCUAUCGAUGGACUGGAGCGAUCUGUUGCAGACCUUCGUGGUCAACUUGAGAAUUGGGGUGGCGGCAGGCAGUCUAUGAUCGACGAGGUCGCGCAAGCGCAAGAAAGCCUUGACAAUCUCAACGAAGAGAGGAAGAGGCUGCGCCGCGAAGACGACAAGCUCGACACUGUUCUGACCAAAGUACGCGAAGAAAGGGACCGAGCGGAACGCGAACUCUCCUAUGCCAUGGACCAUGCCACGGCCAAAGGUCUGGCUACUUUGCGCCAACUCAGACGGGAGAAGGACAUUCCAGGUGCCUACGGAACGCUCGCAGAGCUGAUGGAAGUCCCAGAGGCGUAUCGCAUUGCUGUCGAGCAGACCGCCGGAACGAGCCUCUUCCAUUAUGUUGUUGAUAAUGAAAGAACCGCAACCCAAUUGAAGCCAAGGCGUAUCAAUAUGCCACGCGCGAGCGACAUUGUCCCGCUGAUCAACAAGAUCAACUACGACCAGGAGUAUGAAGACGCCUUCCAGCAGGUGUUUGGCAAGACUGUUGUCACCAACAACUUGCAGGUUGGUGGGCAGUAUGCCAGGAGCCACAAUGUGGACGCCAUUACAUCCGAUGGAGACAUCAUCAACAAGAGGGGUGUCAUCUCGGGUGGAUUCAUCGACACGCGCAAAUCCCGGCUGGAAGCUGUCGCCGCAGUGAACCAGUGGCGUGACAAACACGAGGAGAUUCUGUCACAAUCAUCGGAGACUCGGAGACAGAUCGAACAAAAAGACCAGGAGAUCACCCGUGCUUUGGGCGAGCUGCAGAAGAGAGAGUCGCAAUUGCGGAGAGCUGAUGGCGGACUUGAUCCCCUCAAGAUUGAGCUGAGGAGCAAGCUCAGCCAACUCGAACGCGAACGGGAGCACCUCGAUGCAGCGAUAAAUAGGAGAGACCAAGUCGACAAGAACAUGCACGAUUUUGGUGCCAAUCUCGAAGCAAUGGAGGCGGAAUUAGCUUCUGACUUCAAGAAGGCCCUGUCUAGCGAUGAGGAACAAGCUGUGGAAGAACUUACCCAGCAGGUUCAACAGCUGCAGAGAGAAUGGAAUGUGGCCGCUAGAGCCCGCAGAGAAGUUGGCACGCGAAAGCAGAUAUUGGAGACGGAUCUGCGUCAAAACUUGCGUCUCAAGGAAGACCAACUGAGCGGCUUGGCCUUCGAAAACUCAACUGCCGCCGACGGUGGCAGCAGCUACUCAGAUGCACAAAAAGAACUGAAGAAGAUACAGAAGUCCACUAUCUCAAUCGAGAAGAAAAUACAGCAGAAUGAAGGUCAAGCAGAGGAAUUGGGCUCUCAAAUCUCGGGUAUCGAGUCGUCAAUCGACGUGAAGCAGCAGGAGCUCCAGGAGCUUGCCCGUCAGAUCGAGAGGCAUCAAAAGAGGAUAGAGAAGAGCGCACAGAAGAAACAUAUCCUCACUGGUCAGAUCGAAGAGAUGGCCAAGAGCAUACGAGACUUGGGUGUGCUGCCGGACGAGGCUUUCACAAAGUACAUCAAGCUCAAGUCAAAUGAGAUCACGAAGCGGCUGAAGAACGUCAACGAGAAGCUCAAGAAGUACAAGCAUGUCAACAAGAAAGCCUUUGAGCAAUACAACAGCUUCACUACGCAACAAGAGCAGUUGCUGAAGAGGCGAGAAGAACUUGACGCCUCUCAAGCAUCCAUUGAGGAGCUAAUUGCGCAUCUUGACGAGCGCAAGGACGAGGCUGUCCAACGGACCUUCAAGCAAGUCUCGAAAGAAUUUGCGGAGAUUUUUGAGCGGCUCGUUCCUGCUGGACGCGGCGGCUUGGUCAUCGAGCGAAAAGCCGAUAAGCGUCGGGGAGAACCCGAAGACUCGGAUGAACAAGAUGGAGGUAGUGUCGAGAACUACACGGGAGUUGGCAUCAAAGUGUCCUUCAACUCGAAGAUGGACGAGCAGCAGAAGAUCCAACAACUCAGCGGUGGGCAAAAGAGUCUGUGUGCCCUUUGCCUGAUUUUCGCACUCCAGCGCACUGAGAGUAGCCCCUUUGUCAUUUUUGACGAGGUCGACGCCAACCUCGACGCCCAGUACCGAACAGCAGUGGCCGAGCUGCUGCAGACGCUGUCAAAGGAGGCCGGUACACAGUUUAUCUGCACGACCUUCCGACCUGAGAUUGUCAACGUGGCCGACAAGUGUUAUGGUGUAACCUUCCGCAACAAGUCGAGCGGUAUCGGCUGCUACGACACGGAAGACGCGCUUGAGUUUGUCGAGGGCCAGGCACCAAGGUAA